UAACUCCGAUUUGAAUAUCUCCCGAGUUGCCCAACAUGGACCGCAGCUUGGAUGAGAUCAUUGCGGAGCGUCCUCAAAAGCAACAGCAGAACCGUGGCCGUCGCCCUCCUCAAGGUCGUCGCCGUGAUGGCGUAAGAAAGCCUUACAGAGAAGACCGUCCUGACUUAGAUCUUGAUUGGGUUCAUGACAAGUACGAAGACGACAGAGAUGCACGCCCUUCUCGUGCCCCUCGACGUCCGCGCGGUGAUCGAUACUCCCCAUCUCCCGAGCACAAUGCGCCUACUGGGGCCAAGCUUCGCGUCGAGAACAUCCACUACGAUAUUACGGAAAGUGAUCUCGAGGAUCUGUUUACUCGCAUUGGACCCAUCAACAAUGUUUCCCUCGUUUACGACCGGGCAGGCCGCUCGGAAGGGCUUGCCUUUGUGACUUACAGUCGCAUCAGUGAUGCCCGAACUGCCAUCAGCGAGUUCGACGGCGCAAACGCCAAAGGCCAACCCAUCCGCUUGACACUUAUCUCGACUGGAGGUGGAAAACGCGAGCGCAACCCAUUUGAUAAUGUGGAACGCUCGAAAGGAAGUCUAUUUGAUCGCGUCGAGAGACCUCGCGACCGAGACGCUCGGAGUCUGAGUCCCGGCAGCAGAAGCGGCAGUCCUGAUGGAGGUGCACGCCGCCGUCGGGGUCGUCGUGGCGGGGGUGGUGGCGCCGGUUUCCGACGCAGCGAUGUCUCCAAGCCGGCUCCCGAGCACAUCGACAGAUACGUGCCUGGCCAGCGGUCGCCGACUCGUCGACCCGCCAAUGGACGCCGCCAGGGUGAGAACAAGGGCGAAGGCCGCCGCAUGGUCAAUGGACGGCCCAGGAAGACGCAGGAAGAGCUCGAUCAGGAGAUGGACGACUACUGGGGUGGAGCUGCGAAUGCCGGUGCUGGCGCGGCCGACAAAGAGGCUGUCCCUGAGGAGCCUCAGCAGAUUGCGCCCGCGUCCGCGGCCGCGGCCGGCGAUGACGAUAUCGACAUGAUUGAGUGAGUCGUACACUUAAAUUGACCUCGGCACUCAAGGCGUGCGAUGGCUUCUUUCAUCUUUGUAACUAGUACUGGCCUGGAUUGGAAAAAGACAUCUUAAAUCAGACUGGGAAGGCAUAGCGACGGCGGGUCACCUGCUGCUAGUUCAACGGAUAUGUAGUUCUCUUGAUAUUGUACAGGAUGGGCAUGGUGAACAC